AUGGCGGCAUCCAAGCCGUCUCCUACUGAUACAUGGGAUUCUACUCUCCCUGGUCCUCCUAGCCGCAACAACUUCGGAUCCGCCGAUCUCAGUCCCUCCGGUCUCUUCGCCUUCGCCUCUGGUUCCUCUGUCUCCGUCGUCGACUCUCGCUCUCUCCAGCUCGUCUCCACUAUCCCUCUCCCUCCUCCUCCCGGUGCCCUCUCCCCCUUCGUCACUUCCGUCCGCUGGAUCCCUCUCCCUCUCCCCCGCGAUCUGCUCUCCACCGAGCCCUCCGUCUCUCACCUUCUCCUCGCCGUUGCCGACCGCCACGGCCGCGUCGCCCUCGUUGACUUCCAUCUUCGCUCCGUCGUCGUCUGGCUUGAUCCCUCCUCCGAUCCCAAGCUUGGCAUCCAAGACCUCUGCUGGGUUCAGGCUCGCCAGGAUUCUCAUGUCCUCGCCACCAUUUCUGGCUCUUCCUUCCUCUCUAUCUACACCACCUCCACCUCUGGCGGUGUUUUCUGGAAGUACGAUGCCGGCUCGGAGAUCCUCUCCUGCCUCCGCCGUGACCCCUAUGAUUCCCGCCAUUUCUGCGUCCUUGGCCUCAAGGGAUUCCUCUUGUCGAUCAAGGUACUUGGAGACACCGAGAAUGACGUCGUGAUUCAGGAGAUGCAGAUCAAGACGGAUUUCAGUGAGCUGCUCAGGUUGGAAAGAGAGGCGGCCAGUAACGGCAAUUCCUCAUUUUCUUCUUCGCCUGCUUCAGCGGCAUUUCCCUUGUACUUGGCCAGAUUUGCCUUCUCGCCACACUGGAAGAAUAUACUGUUUGUGACGUUUCCGAGGGAGCUCUUGGUGUUUGAUCUGCAAUAUGAGACGGCUCUCUCGGCCACGCCUUUACCUCGCGGUUGCGCCAAGUUUAUGGAUGUCUUGCCGGAUCCGAACAAGGAGUUGCUUUAUUGUGCUCAUGUCGAUGGUAGACUCAGCAUUUGGCGUCGAAAAGAAGGAGAACAGGUGCAUGUCAUGUGUACCAUGGAAGAGUUUAUGCCAUCUAUUGGAAUGUCCAUCCCUUCUCCGUCAGCUUUGGCUCUUCUCCUCAGUCAAUCGGACUCUACCAUGCAAACCAUUACAAAACUUCACCCAGAUGGAACUACCUCUGUGGAUUUUGAUAACCCAUUUGACUUUUACGACGAAAGCCUUCUUGUUUCUAAGACGACUUUUAUCUCCCUAUCUGAUGACGGUAAAAUAUGGAAGUGGGUCUUAAGUGCUGAAGGGGUUGAAGAUGUUCUGAAAAGUGCGUCAGACUUGGACAUGGGUACGGAAGGCACUGAAGCAGCAACUCCUGGAGCAAUCCAGAAAAAAGAUUCCACAGAUCUGGAUGAUGGACUAGUUGUUGCUCCUACAAAUCGAAGCAGAGGUCACACGUCAAGUUCCUCCUCGGGCAAAUCAGACCUAUCAUUUAAGAUCAGCCUGACUGGACAGCUUCAGCUUCUUUCUUCCACAGUCUCUACACUUGCUGUACCAUCUCCUUCUCUUACAGCAACCCUAGCGAGAGGUGGUAACAGUCCAGCGGCAGCUGUUCCUUUGGUUGCUCUGGGAACUCAGAACGGAACAAUUGAUGUUGUUGAUGUAUCGACAAAUGCUGUUGCUGCAAGCACUUCUGUUCAUACUGGUGUAGUUAGGGGACUUCGGUGGCUUGGAAAUUCAAGAUUAGUUUCAUUUUCUUACAGUCAGGUGAAUGACAAAAGCAGAGGCUACAUAAAUAAGCUUGUUGUUACCUGCCUUAGGAGUGGGUUGAACAAACCAUUUCGGGAUUUACAAAAGCCAGAGCGUACUCCUAUAAGAGCUCUUAGAACUUCUUCUUCCGGAAGGUAUCUUCUAAUUCUAUUCCGUGAUGCUCCUGUAGAAGUUUGGGCAAUGACCAAGCAUCCAGUCAUGCUUAGAUCAUUAGCUCUUCCUUUUACGGUAGUAGAAUGGACGCUUCCAGCAGUUCCACGCCCAGGUCAAGGCGGUCCAGCAAUGGCGUCAGCAGACUCUACGCCUGUGGGCUCGGAUGGAUCGCAUGAAGAAACUGUAGAGAGUUUUGCAUUUGCACUAGUAAAUGGUGCCCUCGGAGUAUUUGAAGUCCAAGGACGUAGAAUUCGAGAUUUCAGACCAAAAUGGCCAUCUACAUCAUUUGUUCCUUCAGAUGGAUUGGUUACAGCUAUGGCAUAUCGCUUGCCUCACGUGGUUAUGGGAGAUAGAUCAGGAAACAUAAGAUGGUGGGAUGUAACAACUGGACAGUCAUCUGCGUUUAAUAGUCACAGAGAUGGAAUACGUAGAAUCAAAUUCUCACCUGUUGUUGCUGGAGAUCGUAGCCGAGGGCGUGUAGCUGUGCUAUUUAAUGACAAUACAUUCUCUGUAUAUGAUCUUGAUUCACCAGAUCCGGUAGCCCAGUCGCUUCUGCAGCCCCAGAUUCCGGGGACCCUUGUACUGGAACUUGAUUGGUUGCCUCUGAGAACUGAUAAAAAUGAUCCACUUGUUCUGUGCAUUGCUGGAGCUGAUAGCACCUUCCGGCUUGUUGAAGUUAUUGUAAAUGAAAAGAAGGCUGGCUCUGUGCCCCGGUCUAAAUCUGUAAAGGAGAGAUUCCGUCCUAUGCCUAUGUACUCCCCUAUCUUACUUCCUGUACCACAUGCGCUGGCACUGCGGAUGAUUUUACAGUUGGGAGUAAAACCAUCUUGGUUUAAUACGUGUAGCACCACUUUAGAGAAAAGGCCUCAUUUGAUCCGUGGAAUGGCUUCAUCCUCUAAGGAUCUUCGGAGUUACAUGAUUCAGUUACCACCUUUAGGAGACCCAGUAGUGCCAGAAAUGCUGCUGAAGAUACUAGAACCAUAUCGGAAAGAAGGUUGCUUGCUGGAUGAUGAAAGAGCAAAACUGUAUGCUGAUGUGGUCAAGAAAGGUUGUGCUGCAAGAUUUGCUUUUGCAGCUGCAGUUUUUGGUGAAACCUCGGAAACUUUUUUCUGGUUGCAACUGCCCCAAGCCAUUCGCCAUCUGAUGAACAAGCUGAUGAAAAGGUCUCCGCAGAAGAUCUCUUCCCCAGCGUUGGGCUCAGGAAUUGAUGAAGCAUCUAUGCCGAGUAAAAUAUCAUCUAGUGGUAUAUCGGCACCUGAAGCCAGGAAAAUAGAUUCUGUGUGUGAUGGUUCACUUAGAUUAAUGGCUUUUGAGCGAGAAGAGUUGUGGACACGUGCCAAUGAACGCAUCCCUUGGCAUGAGAAAUUGGAGGGGGAAGAUUGCAUUCAGAAACAAGUACACGAGCUGAUAUCAGUUGGAAAUUUGGAAGGUGCGGUUAGCUUGCUGCUUUCUUCUGCUCCUGAUUCUCCAUACUUCUAUCCAAAUGCGCUCCGAGCUGUUGCACUCUCUUCAGCUGUGUCUAAAUCUCUUCUGGACCUCGCAUUAAAGGUUGUUGCAGCCAACAUGGUACAGACGGACAACUCGCUCUCUGGUACUCAUCUUCUAUGCGCGGUUGGAAGACACCAAGAAGCUUGUUCACAGCUACAAGAUUCUGGUCGAUGGACCGAUGCUGCUACCUUGGCUGCCACACAUUUAGAAGGAUCGGAUUAUGCCAGGGUAUUGCAGAGGUGGGCUGAUCAUGUCCUCCACGCGGAACACAAUGUCUGGAGGGCCCUUAUUUUAUAUGUGGCUGCUGGCUCCCUGCAAGAAGCGCUUGCAGCUCUGAGAGAGGUGCAACAGCCCGACACAGUAGCCAUGUUUGUGCUCGCCUGUCAAGAGAUUCAUUCAGAAAUCGUAACCGAGAUAUCAAGCCAAGACCAACAGCAAGAGUCUGAAUUUGAUACAGUAAUGACCGAUCUGCCUGGUCUAGAACCUGGCAAGGAAGAAGUAGCAGCAGUUUGCGAAUACUUUCAACAGUACCAGAGAAAGCUGGUCCAUUUGUGCAUGGACUCGCAACCUUACGCCGACUGA